AUGGAUGAACAACUUCACAACUCCACAGCAAGUGGAAACACAUCAGUUGUCCUGUCAGUUCCACAUAAUCUUUGGGAAGUCAUUACGAUUGCUACUGUGUCUGCUGUUGCAAGCCUAAUCACCAUAGUGGGAAAUGUUUUGGUGAUGCUUUCUUUUAAGGUGAACAGUCAACUGAAGACAGUGAACAACUACUAUUUACUAAGUUUGGCUUUUGCAGACCUCAUUAUUGGAGUGUUUUCGAUGAACCUUUACACUACAUACAUUCUAAUGGGAUAUUGGUCUCUGGGAAACGUGGCAUGUGAUCUUUGGUUAGCUCUGGACUAUGUAGCAAGCAAUGCUUCAGUAAUGAACUUGCUGGUGAUCAGCUUUGAUAGAUAUUUCUCCAUCACAAGGCCGCUUACCUACAGAGCUAAACGAACACCUAGGCGUGCUGGUAUCAUGAUUGGCUUGGCAUGGCUUAUAUCCUUAAUCCUAUGGGCCCCUCCUAUUUUAUGCUGGCAGUAUUUUGUAGGUGAGAGGACAGUUCCUCCAGACCAGUGCCAGAUUCAGUUCUUCUCAGAACCUGUGAUUACAUUUGGAACUGCCAUAGCAGCCUUUUACAUUCCUGUCUCCAUUAUGACUAUUUUAUACUGCAGAAUCUACAAAGAGACUGAGAAGCGUACAAAAGAUUUGGCUGAGCUGCAAGGUACCACAUCUGCAGAUAGGUGCGACAACCCAAAAACACAAAGACAACGAUCUUGCUUUGCUUUCAGCACUGACCGGAACAGAACUCAUGGCUCGUGGUCUUCAUCAAACCAGAGUAACAUGACUAAGACUACGGCACAGACUGAGGACAUGUGGGUAAAAUCAGAUCAGGCUGCUGCUCUCAAUAGCUACACAUCCUCUGAAGAUGAGGAGCAUCCUGUUUCAGAGGCAGCAUCUCAAGAUUCGUACAAAAACCAGGAUGAGCCAAUAAACUGUUAUGAAGAAAGUCACUAUCUUGCUAAUUCUGCCAAGAAUUUCUCACAAAAGAACAAGAAAUGCAUCUCCUACAAGUUCAAGCCAGUCCUGAAGAACAUCAGCCCACAGAACGCCAACAGUGAAACUGUUACGCAUCCAUGCCCGUCAUCACAACAGUUAACUCUUACGUCUGCGUCCUCUUCGGCACACCCUAUGGAUUCCAGCCUCAAGAGUCAAAUCACGAAACGGAAAAGAAUGGUUCUCAUCAAGGAGAAGAAGGCAGCUCAGACCCUCAGCGCUAUUCUCCUGGCCUUUAUUCUUACCUGGACACCGUAUAACAUCAUGGUGCUGAUCUCCACCUUCUGCUCCGACUGCAUCCCUCUGUCCCUCUGGCACCUGGGCUACUGGCUGUGCUACGUCAACAGCACCAUAAACCCCAUGUGCUACGCCUUAUGCAACAAAACUUUCCAGAAAACCUUUCGAAUGUUGCUCUCCUGCAAGUGGAAGAUGAACCGAGGAGAGGAGAAACUGCACUGGUGUGGCCAAAACCCACCAAUAACCAACAAACUCACACAGCAAGCAGACUGA